CGCUACACGUCAGAGGCUGACGAGUUUGAAAUACCUGACGAACAGAAGCAAAACAUCGGUAGUUCGGAGCAUCUCAGUGCGGAUUGAGAUCUGCGUGCGCACAACAGAUCGAACAGUAGAUCACAGUUCUGAGACUGAUGGGUUUUGAAAGAAACACACCUUUCGUUCUUGAAAACAUGACCUACGUAAACUCAUCACUCGUCUCCAAAAAUUAUUCUUCCAGUAACCAGACAGCUGCGGAAAGGGGCCAUGCGCCCUAUACCGAUGUGAUCAUGCCCAGCAUUUUCGGGGUCAUCUGUUUCUCGGGGAUCAUCGGGAACUGCAUCGUGAUCUACACCAUCGUGAAGAAGACCAAGUUCCGAGCCAAGCAAACGGUGCCAGACAUCUUCAUCUUCAACCUGUCCAUCGUGGACCUGCUCUUCCUGCUGGGGAUGCCUUUCCUCAUCCACCAGCUGCUGGGCAACGGCUCGUGGUGCUUCGGCGCCGCCAUGUGCACCAUCAUCACCGCGCUGGACUCCAACAGCCAGAUCGUCAGCACCUACAUCCUCACGGCCAUGACCCUGGACAGGUACCUGGCCACCGUCCACCCCAUCCAGUCCAACUACGUGCGCACGCCCUGCGUGGCGGCGGCGGUCAUCGGCCUGGUGUGGCUGCUGUCCCUCCUGACCAUCGUCCCUGUCUGGAUGUACGCGGGCCUGAUGCCCCUCAGUGACGGCUCUGUGGGCUGUGCCCUACUGUUGCCCAACCCCGCCACGGAUGCCUACUGGUUCACCCUCUCCCAGUUCCUGCUGGCUUUCGCCUUCCCCCUGGCCGUCAUCUGCGCUGUCUACUUCAAGAUGCUCCAGCACAUGUCUUCCUCCGUGGCCCCCCUGCCCCCGAGGAGCCUGCGGCUGCGCACCCGGAAGGUCACCCGCAUGGCGGUGGCCAUCUGCCUGGCCUUCUUCGUCUGCUGGGCUCCCUACUACAUCCUGCAGCUGGCCCAUCUGGGCGUGCAGAGGCCCACUGUCGCCUUCGUCUACGCCUACAACAUCGCCAUCAGCCUGGGAUACGCCAACAGCUGCAUCAACCCCUUCCUCUACAUCGCCCUCAGCGAGACCUUCAAGCGGCGGCUCGUCGUGGCCAUCCGGCCCGCCAGCAAGGAGUGCCGGGUCAACAACAGCACGACGGAGGGCAGCGUCAGCCUGAGAGUGGUCCCCGAGUCCCUGCAGCAGUGCCCGUUCCUGGGGGACUUCUCCCACAGCGGGCUGCCCGUCACUGUGGCGGUCCGCUGACGCGGCGGGUCCCCCCUCCCGGGGGAUCUGUGGUGGCGGCUUGCGGACGUAGAGCUGGUGAAAGUCCGCUGUUGCUCCCAGUUCCUCGCAUCUUCCCCCAGUUAAGGCCAGGCGACCAGCGGACGACGUGCCAAGUCUGUCCUGCGUCUCUGCUCAAACCUGCACCCACGGCCAUGUCCCACCUGACUGGGGGAACGUGCUGGCGUGUUCCGUUAGAUGAAUGAGUUAAAAGUCCAUCCAGAGCAGUCAUGCUGCAUGUGAUCCAACAGCGUGCACAGAUUGACUGUGAUUUUUACUCCUUCCUUCACAGCCCACUAACACUGUCCCCUUUGGAGACCACUGACAGAACAAGUGUUAUGUGUCAAACCAAAAGAUAUUGGCAGGCAGGUGGCAUCCCACCUACAGGGUGAAUUAUUAUUCUUUAAACAUAAAUUCAGAAAUGAUUCAUUUCAGUACUUUGCCAUAAUGUAGAUAACUGUUAUUGCUAAUAGUAAAUGGAGGCCUUUACAGGCAAGUUCCUUUGAUCAGGGGACAACAUGCCCAGUUUGUCCUGCAUCUCUGCUUAAUGAGGUAAAAGUCUGUCUAGAGCAUGUGAUCCAACAGUGUGCAGUGAAUGACUGCGAUUUUUAAGUAGGGCUUGUUAGGGUAAGUCUAAUUUAAGGUGCAAUCGAUUUUUUAAAAGAUUGCUGGUCGGAUUACACAUUGCACUGUUUGUACCUCCUAAUCAAUUUAACACGACUUCUUUAGCCAAAGAAAAUAAUGUUUGGACAUGAGGUUGAGCCUCUGUAAUGAAGAGUCCGAUUAUUUACUGCAAUAUUCAGAAUUAAUAGAGUGUUCAGUUUGGGAUCUCUGCAAUUUUCUCCACUUAUUUUUCCCUUCUGCUGUUUUUCAAUGUGCAAAUUCUUUUUACAAGCUUCACAGAUACUAUAUGUGCAGGACACCCAUGCUUGUUUUAAAAAAUACAAAUAUAUAUCCUAUUUAAGGUUUUACUCCUCGAAUGGAAAUAAAUACCAGACAACCUCCUAUGGUGUGCAAAAAGAAUGGAAUGGAAGUGAACCUUCACUCAGUUACACUUGGACAUUUCCUUCAUCGAGAUGGGUCACACUCUGCAAAUAUUAGAAAAGGAACUGGCUGACUGAUAUUCUGAAGGGCAUUUGCAAUUUCAAAUAACCGGACCGGCUCUCCUCAAGUAAACCUUCCUCCUGGGACAGUACCAUAGUUUUUCCUUGCGGUGCUGAUUUGCAAGUCGGCAUUGAUCUGACCUGUUCUUCUUUCCCCACUGCUGUGUUGAAUGUUUGCGGUGCAAAGCUGGGCCACUGCAUCAUCACCUGGUGCUGUGAACCCCGGGGAAAAGCAGGAAGGGUGUACAGGAUGGGACUGAUAAACAGUUACAUGCAAAAUGAAAAACUGUAUUCCGAAGUUUCAAGUGGAAAAACCUUGUCGAACAUACGGCAGGUACAGUUUCAUGUGCAAUGCAUGUAAACAGCUUUCUAAAUUCCAACAGACCAGAUGUUGUAUUUCCAUUACUUUCUAUCAGAUUCUCCUGUAAAGGAUCCUUGGAGGAAGUUUAGAUUACAGGACUGAUUGAACAAGGAUACCCCUUGAACAAAUUGCGUUCUUGAAUCAACUCUCCAUUCCCUUAACCGAUUUACUUAAACUACUAUACAGUAUAUUCAGCGGAGCCGUGGUAGUUCAGAUGGCAAGGGCAUCUGGCUCCUGACAGGUAGGUCUUGGGUUCAAUCCCACAUAGGGGCAAGUGAUGUGGCUUACCCUAUCUCCUUCCAGACAGCUCCCAGGUCCACUCAGCCUGCUUUCCAAAUGAGUACCGGAGGUAAUAGGCUGGCC